AUGGCUCGUCCAUCUAACAUAUUGAUGCUUCUUAGCGUCGUAGGCGGCUUUGCGGCUGCUCAGUAUGAUCAGAAGAAAGAGAACAAGGACGCAACAUGCGACAAUAAUUGUUUCUUCAAAUAUUUCACUAAUAAAUGCAACGCCGAUAAUCCCGCGUGUGUAUGCACCCUCAAAGACAUGCGCGAAAAAUUCUUCUGCUGCAUCGCUAAAAACUGCGCCGAAAACGUCUUACCAGGUAAUGCCUCCCCAUCAAUUGACCAAACUGUGAGUAAUUUGGGUACAGAGCAAAUUGAGAGAUCUUCGAGUGAUUGCGAUGCUCACGGCAUUCCUUUCACUUUCGACGCUGAGGCUGUUUGUGGAAUUAAAUUGCCUUCAUCUGAGACGGUCUCUGUUUCGGUGACUACCUCGGAAGCUACUACUGUUACCAAGGCGAAGGCUUCUGAGACUGUGACUACGACUGAGGAGGAGACAACGAAGGCUGUGACUAACGCUACGGGUUCUGAGAGCUCGGUGGCGAGUCAGACUACUUCCGCGGCUGCGGCUACUGUCACGGAUAAUAGCGCCUCAAGGGCGAAGGGUAUGGUUGCUGCGGCUGCUGUUGCGCUUGGUGUAUUUAUUUAA